GGUUAGAAAUUUGCAGUCAAUGUCUUUAUCAAUUUAAUAUUGUGGCCAGUAAUCCUUUUGUGGUAGAAGAAUUAUAAUUAAUUAAAACUGAGUUCACCAUUGUUGAAAGAUAUCUAGAUAACAAAGAAACUCCGGCCGGCGGCGGCUAUGGCUUGGUUCUGGCCAAUAAUAUCUGCGAUCUUAUUCAUCUGUGUUCUUCAGAAAAUUCUAAGCCCGAAUAAGAACAAAAGACAGCCACCGGGCCCGAUCGGGCUACCGAUCAUCGGCCAUUUUCACCUAUUGGGUAAAAAUCCCCACCAAGAUCUGCAUCGAUUAGCCCAAAAACAUGGACCCAUCAUGUACCUCCGCUUCGGCUUCGUCCCCACGGUGGUCUUCUCUUCUCCCGCCGGAGCGGAGCUCGUACUCAAAACCCACGAUCUCGUUUUCGCCGGCAGGCCUAGUAUUCAGGCCGCCAAGCACAUCAGCUACGAUGGUAGAAACAUUGUCUUCGCCCAGUACGGUUCUUACUGGCGGGACAUGCGCAAACUGGCGACCAUCAACUUGCUCAGCAGCUCCAAAAUCAGCCAGUUUCAGCCCGUGCGGAAGGCGGAGCUCCGCCUCGCCGUCGAUUCUCUCCGGCGAGCUGCCGCGGGGCGUGAAACCGUGGAUGUUAGCGAGAUGAUUAUGGGUACGAUUGGGGAUAUGGUUUGCCUGAUGGUGUUUGGGAGGAAGUUCGCCGGCGGUGGAUUGGGUGGGAGCGGCGGGUUUAAAUCUGUGAUUGAUGAGACGUUUCAGGUGGCGGCGAAGCCGAAUCUCGGAGAUUUUUUCCCGUACAUGGGUACGAUUGAUCUUCAAGGGUUGACCCGUCGAAUGAAAGAACUCAGCACAACUUUCGACGGGUUCUUGGAGAAGAUUAUCGACGACCACGUUCUUCAGAACAAGCAGCAGAAGAAGGAGAAUCAAGACUUUGUCGACACCAUGAUGGCCAUUAUGGAUUCCGGUGAAGCUGGAUUCGAAUUCGACCGCCGCCAUGUCAAGGCUGUGCUCUUGGAUAUGCUUUUAGGAGGAACAGACACUUCAUCCGCAACAAUAGAUUGGGCGCUCGCAGAACUCAUUAGGCACCCACAAAUCAUGAAAAAACUCCAACAAGAACUCGAACAAGUCGUUGGCUUAGACCAAUACGUGGAGGAGUCGCACCUCGAAAAACUCGACUACUUAAACUUCGUAGUCAAGGAAACCUUUAGGCUCCACCCGGUUGUCCCACUGUUCAUCCACGAAGCCCUUGAAGAUUGCACCGUCGAAGAAUUCCAUAUCGCGAAAGGCACACGAAUCAUGGUGAAUGUAUGGUCUAUGAGUAAAGACCCUAAUGUGUGGCAAGACCCCGAAAAAUUCUUUCCGGAGAGAUUUAUCGGGAGCGAUUUGGAUCUUCUCGGGCAUGAUUUCGAGCUCCUACCAUUCGGGUCGGGCAGAAGAUCCUGCCCGGGUCUUCAGUUGGGACUCACUACCGUUCGGUUAGUGUUGGCACAAUUGGUUCAUUGCUUCGAUUGGGAGCUUACGAAUGGGAUGUCGCCUAAUGAAUUGGACAUGUCCGAGCAUUUUGGCCUAGUCACCGGUAAAGAUAAGCAUAUCAUGGCGAUUCCCGUUUGCCGGUUGCGUAAAUGAGUCGCGAAUUUGAGUUCGAAACACAGAAAGCUCAAAGAAUUUAUUUUGUUGCUUAAGUAUGUAUAUAUUGUCUCUUUCACUAUUAUUAAUCAACUCUGUGUGUGUAUUUGUUGUUAACUCCGCCGGUGCCGUGGUUGUCUCUACCCCCGCCGGAGCAAAGCUCGUCCUUUGAGUUUUGUCACUUCCCCCAACGUGGUUGUCUCUCUUGUUUGGAAAACUACACAUACAUUCUGUGUUUUGAUAUUAUAAGUUAUUUAUGUCCAUGUCCUUGAGGUUAUGUCUAAU